AUGUCUUCGGAUAACAGUUUCAAUAAUGGUUCAGCCCAAGGCAACGAUAUCCAUCUGGUGGAAAAUGCGGAGGAAGUCACCGAGGAUCAAAACGGAGUUGCCGCAAGUGAAAAGAAUUCAUCGUCGACGUCAAAUCGUGGCUCGCCUCUAAAAUCCGCACUCAAACACGAUGAGCCUGGUAGCCCGUCGCAUCAUCCUGACCCAGAACAUCACGUCAAAUUGGAUUUAGACGGGAGCGAUCUGACCGAAGAGGAUAUCUUUCGGAUGAAAAUUCUUAGUGCGUCUCGUAGAGGUGGUUUGUUGUUGUAG